AUGAAUAUCGAACCCAGCAAGCGGGAAUGGCUGUGCAUUAUUCCUGACAAACCUGACCGGCUUGCCAAGAGGCUGGAGAUUCGGCAAACUCAUUUGGCAAAUUUGAAACCCCUUCUUGAAGCUAAAAAACUUGCUUUUGGCGGACCCAUGUUCCAUGAUGCACACCCUGUUGCAGGCCAGGCCCCUCAAUUCAAAGGCAGCACCAUGAUAUUUCGCGCUGCUACCGAAGCGGAAGUGCGCGAGACCCUCAGGAAUGAUAUCUAUGCUACCUCUGAUGUGUGGGAUUUGGAGAAUACGCAGAUUAUUCCGGUUUUGAAUGUUAUCAGCUAG